AUGGGUAAUAACACCUCGAGUACACGAAAAUCUGCAGCGAAUGUUCAUCAUCCCGAUGGCGUCCGAAAGUCGUCAACUCUGGGACCCAGGCAUGGUAGUUUGGAUGACGAGUUCAGUGAUUUAAUAUUACACAAGGUGCUGAAACCUCAGGCAAUAAACAAGGGGCAAGAUGCUCCUAUGCAAGAAAAAUAUAGCAAUCAAUUUUCUAAUGACCUCAUUGAAGAUGAAUUUAAUGAACUUAACGAUGGAUUGAUUGAGACUGAUCCUCCGGAAGUAUCUAGAAAUUUUUUACCCAACAACGACGGAGACGAAAUGGAAAUUGAUAAGAAAGAAGAUAGUCCAAGCUCCACGGAAAAUGAAAAGCUGGACCAUAGGACCCCAACACCCGAUAUUGCCAAUGUUGAUUUCACUAAGAUUGCAGCACCUCCAUCUAAUAUGAGCGAUGUAAUGAUUGAUACAUCUUAUUUGGCAUCCGAAAGAUAUCCUGUGAAGAAGAAGGGAAAUAACUUAAUUCCAGUAGAAAUAAAAUGGGUGAAUUCAACUAAAGAAGUAAUCAAUAGACUUUCGAUUAUUGGUUCAUUUUCAAACUGGAGAGAUAUCAUAAGAUUAAAACCUUCUACGAAGCAUCCAAAUGAAUACGUAACAACGAUUAGGUUGCCAUUAGGAGUUCACAAGCUUUUAUACAUAAUUAAUAAUGAAUAUAGAGUCAGUGACCAAUUGCCAACGGCAACAGAUCAGGAAGGUAUAUUUUUCAACUGGUUUGAAGUUAUAGAUGAAUCGCAUUUGUUCAAUCAUUCACAGAAUCAGCCAAACCAUAUUGGCGCGUCAACUGCUUACGAUGCAAACAUUAUAAAUCGUGGUGAAAGUCGAACAACACAAACUGCUGGCAAGUAUGAUGUUGAUCGGAUUAACAGGAAAUCAAAUAGUUUCUUGGCGAAGGUUUCCAAGGACGCUCAAAGUUAUGAGCACAUUGAGUACAUAGACCAACCACAAGAACUGGAAAUAUUCUCUCCGCCAAAUGGAAUUGAAGAAGAGAACUCGCAAUCCUCAUUCGGAGAACCUCCCAACGUCAAAUAUUAUGAAGAAGAUCAGUACUCGGAUUCUUUCUUGCACGAUAAAGCACCGGAAUCUACACUCUCCUAUUCAAAUUCAAUACCAGAGAUGUAUGUCAAUUAUGACUUUUUCAAAAACAAAUCUCCAAAUUACGAGUUAACGGAACCACCGCAAUUGCCCGCACAUUUGAACAAUGUCUUAUUAAAUAAAAUGUCAUUGAAUGAGCAGAAGAAUCAUGCUGAGAACGUACCUCAAUAUCUUGAUUCCAGCAGAGUAGAGUCGAAAAGACCACCGCUAAGAAGAGCCGAUAGUUCUUACUAUGCAUCGAAUAAGGAAGCUUAUCAUUUAUCUAUACCAAAUCACGUAAUUCUCAACCAUUUGAUGACGACUUCCAUUCGAAACGAUGUAUUAACAGUUGCUUGUAUCACAAGGUAUUCUGGAAAGUUCGUUACUCAAAUCAUGCAUUCACCCUCAGAUCCCUAA